AUGGAAUCCGUUGUUGAGGUCCGUUUAGACAACCUUUUCUUCAAGUCUUUCACUGCGGACUCAGACCGCGGAUGUCCAAUCUAUGUUUUUGAUUCGACUUACUUGCCGUCAGCCGAUGAAGUAGAGAGCCGCGAGGUGUACGAUUUGCUGAUCGACGAAAUGAUGAACAAACUGGUGGCCAAGCUCCCGGACUCGGCGUUUUCGCUAGUAGUGUUCAGCUCAGGUUUUUCGCAAAACAACGUGAGCUGGAUCUACGGUGUAAAAGUGUAUUCCAAGAUUCCCAAAACUACCCGAGCCAAACUACAGAACCUAUACAUUGUUCACGAGUCCUUUUUCGUACGCGCGGUGUAUCUGGUUCUUACCAACGCACUCAACAUCAAUCCCUUUAAAAACAAACAGCUGUCUUCAGAUGGUCUUCUAAUGCAUCAUGUGUCGAGUUUGGCGGAUCUCUCACGACUCGUUGACAUUACGCGACUUCGUAUAUCACUCAAUGUUUACCUCUACGAAUACCAGCUUAAUGAGACCUUCGCCAUUCCAGACCCUCAUUUAGAAAUCAGGUCAGCGCUGGCUAAUAGACAAUACCGGCAACUUGUCUUUGAUAAAAUCUUUAAAAGACUUCGAAUCGAAGCGCCAAGACAUGAAUUGAUCUUUCAAAAACCUGGCUCCUAUCAAAAAGUGAACAUUUUACUUGGAAUCAUUGAAAGAAACAAUUACGUGGAUCUCUCUCAGUGGGACAUUUACUCACUAGCCACACUUUUUCUUCAUUUCAUAAAAGGGAAAAGUAAGCCUAUCCUCCCUAUAGACCUGAUACCGCUGCCGAUAAAUGAGUCAUUUGAUUACACAUACAACACUUUCGUGAACAUGAUGAUGAAUAAUGGAUACUAUGAUCUCACUACCUUCGUAUUCGAGUUAUUUUUAUCGAUCCUGGAUAGCUCAAAAACGACAUUACAUGAUUACAGAAGCCUGAGCAAGUGCCUGACACCUACACUGUGCAAAGAAAAAGUUUCUAUCAAAACCUCAGAUAGGCUAGCAAUUGGCUAUCGAUACACCACUAACAUUCUUAUACAUUUCAGAGAUCUAAAAACCAAGAUCGCAAGCACAGGUGCGUUAACUGGUAUUGCCGCUAAAAGCUUGGAUGGGAGCUCUACACCACGUCUGAUGAAGGACGGACCUAAGGUGCCUCCCCCCAGGAAAAGUAGCCCUACAAGGUCUGCACUUCCUAACUUAAACAGCCCUGCAAAUAAUAAAAUAUCACCAGCGAAACCACCCGCCUUGCCAAGACGAAAAGUUCAGGAUAAGUUUACCAACUCACAACAGACACCGCCUAUUUUACUCCCGCCAGGGCCUUCGUCAUCAGCGGUAUCCGUGGAAAUUGGUAAUAUAAUGCAAUCGCCAUAUGCCAGAUCCGAUUCGAGUGGACAGUCUGAGGAAUCCUUGUAUACCGAUAGCCCUGUACCUGAGCUACGAAUUUCAAGCAACUCCUCUGUUGUGCUUGACAAUCCAGCCAAAAUAGAUGAAACGCAAUAUAUUUCAGACGACGCAGUGACGUUCAAGUCAAAACCCACGGACAAUACAUUCAAAAUUGAUGAGAGAAUGACCAAUCUACUCCUUGACAACAAUCAAAAGAUAAGAAAAUUCGACAAAGAGCUUAAGAAGAAGAAGCUAGCAACGAACUCGGAUUCCUCAAAUUCGUCCAGUACCGGCUUCUCAGACAUUAAAGCCGAGAACAAAGUUAGCCGGCUUGCGGCGCUUUAUGAAGAAAGACUUAUCGGAAUACGAGUUAUGGAAGAUAUGCGUAGAAACCAGUAA